GCUGGGUUUGAAAAGGGGGAAGGUGAAGUGAGGAAUCCAAUGGGGCGACAUGGCAACACAACGCUUAUAAAGACGCAAGGCACACCCCGCCGGCAACCUCAAGUCAGCUUACUUGCAGACAGUACAGCGGCACUUUGCAGUAAGCAUGCUCAGCCUUAUGAAAUUACCAAGGGUCGUCACCAUCAAUCAAGUGCCCAAAGUUUUCCAUGAGCACAGCAUUAUCUCCGGUUACCGUUACCACCACAGCUCAGCCACUGACUGCAUCUUGAGCCUCUUUCAGCUGACCAAUGAGACCAUUAACAUCUGGACUCACUUUUUGCCUACCUGGUACUUCUUAUGGAAACUGGUAAGCGUUGUACUGAUACAAGCUGCGUGGCAGCACCCCUUCACCUGGCCUCUGGUGGUCUUAAUCAUUUCCAGCUGCAUAUAUCCAUUGGCAUCAAGCUGUGCUCACACCUUCAACAGCAUGUCGGCGCGGGUGCGUCACAUGUGCUUUUAUUUGGACUACGGAGCCAUAAGUCUCUACAGCCUGGGUACUGCUAUUUCGUAUUCAGCUUAUGUGUUCCCAGACAAGUGGGUAAACCGCUUCUUCCACCAGUGCUUUGUCCCUGUUGCUCUUCUGAACUCCAUCGGAUGCACUGGCUUGGCGUGCUACUCCAGGCUUGGAUUACCAUUUCGUCAUCAUAAUCAGGACGUUUUAAAGAGAUUCCCCAAAUGCCACAGUCCAAGAUUCAGUAAAGUGCUCCGUCUUGUUGCUUUUGCCUACCCCUACCUGUUUGACCACAUUCCUCUCUUCUACAGGCUGUUCCUAUGUGAAGGGGAAGGCUGCACAGACAACGAUGCCAAUGUCUUGCACUACACCCACAUUGCAUUGGCUUUCCUCACUGGCUUCCUGUUUGCGACACAUUUACCUGAGCGCCUGGCACCUGGCAGCUUUGACUUUAUUGGUAACAGCCAUCAACUUUUCCAUGUCUUUGGCAUCCUUGGCACCCGCUUCCAGAUGAUGGCCGUUGAGCAAGACAUGGUAUUGCGACGUCCCUGGCUUCUUGACCACUCCCUCCCCAUCACCUUUGCCAACUCAUUGGGUGUAACUCUACUAUGCCUAAUGGUCAACCUGAGCAUCCUCCUCCUCUUCAGCUUACCUCUCCUCUCUGCAAAAGUCGGUCAGCAAAAGAAGCAUAAGAGACGGAUAAAGGCACAUUGAACUCAAGCUUGUGCUAUGGCUAUACCACGGCACAGAACUCCAAGCUGGUCUUCGGGUAAACCAACAUCUUUUGUUAUGUACAGCAUGUAACAUGUUUUUAUUGGGAGCUGAUGAGCUCGCUCUGUGAAUCACAAGAUUCCGCAUGCACUGAAACCACUGUGAUAGUUGCCUUUCAGAUCACUGUGAUGGCUACAGUUAUGAAUGUAAUCCAAAUUACCCUGCCUGUUACACAAACACAAUGGAAAUAGCUAUAUACAGGAUAAAGAAAAAUGGGUGUCGCUGAGGUCGACUGAUUAGCACACCCGCCUCACAAUGCAGCAGGUCAUGAGUUCGUAUCUGGAUCGGGAUUUCUUGCAUGUUGUUUGCAUGUUCUCCCAGUGCCUGAAUGGGUUGUCUCCAGGUAGUCCCGUUUCCCCCCACAUUCCCAAAACAUGGCAGAUUUAGCGGGCACUCUAAAUCAGGUGUGUAAAACUAAUUUUUGUCGCGGGCCACUUUAUAAUUACAGAUUCCCUAUGAGGGCCGUGAUGACUGAAACUGUAUAAAGAAGUCAAGAAUAAUGUUUUAUUUCAUUAUUGUUUAAAUAACUGAGGGGUUUGGUAACAAGAAAAUGCUGACAAUAUGUCACUGAUUUAUUACAUAUGAAAAUGUGAAACAUUUGGUCACGGAUUUAGCAAGCAUCAUGGAGCUUGUCAUCUUUGAUUUGCCUUUGCGGGCCACUUAAAAUGAUGUGGCAGGCCACAUCUGGCCGCCAGGCCUUGAGUUUGACACUGGUGCUAUUAAUUGUCAAUAGGUGUGAAUGUGUGUCUUUGUGUGCUCUGCGAUUGGCUGGUGUCCAGUCCAGGGCGUACCCUGCCUACUGCCCAAUAACAGCUGGGAUAGGUUCCAUCACACCCGCGACCCAAGUGAGGAUACGCGGUUCAGAAGAUGGAUGAAUGGAUAGUUCUUAAAACCCAAUGCAUACUUAAGAUACUAAUGUUGCAACAUUAAAGAACAUUUGUGUCAAACAGUCUUUUUACUGUAUUUGAUUUCCUGAAUUCUUUGGUGGCUGCACAUGAGACCAAUGAAGAGCUUGAAGGAAAUAAAAAAUGAAAAGACCACUUCAUACAGUAUGCUUUUUGUUAACAGCAUUUAAAUCUCAACUUUUUAUCUGAAGCUAUGGUUCUUGUUCACGACCUAUGACAUUUUGCAUUGAUUGUUUGCGUGAUCAUUUAAAAUGUGUGUAUUUAUUCUAAAUGUAAGCUUAUUUAUAAUGUCUGUUUUUAAUGAAUAAAACAUUAUGCAGUUAAA